AUGGCUGGAGCAAAUCACUCUGUGAUUUCAGAACUUGUGUUCUUGGGACUCUCCAAUUCCUGGGAGAUUCAAGUCAUCAUUUUUGUGUUCUCCACUAUGUUUUAUGCAGCAAGUAUGAUAGGAAAUUCUCUCAUUGUCCUUACUGUGUCUUCUGACGCACAUUUACACUCCCCUAUGUACUUUCUGUUGGCUAAUCUGUCCUUUAUUGACUUGGGUGUUUCUUCUGUCACCUCCCCCAAGAUGAUUUAUGACCUUUUCAGGAAACGCAAAGUCAUCUCCUUUGGAGGCUGCAUUGCUCAGAUCUUCUUCAUUCACGUCGUCGGUGGUGUGGAGAUGGUGCUGCUCAUAGCCAUGGCCUUUGACAGAUAUGUAGCCAUAUGUAAGCCUCUCCACUAUUUUACUAUUAUGAACCAAAAAAUGUGUAUUUUACUCUUGUCUGCUUCAUGGUUAAUUGGUUUGAUCCACUCCGUGGUUCAAUUAGUUUUUGUUAUAAAAUUGCCAUUUUGUGGUCCUAAUGUGCUAGACACAUUUUACUGUGAUCUUCCUCGAUUUAUCAAACUUGCCUGCACUGACACCUACAGACUAGAGUUCAUGGUCAUAGCCAACAGUGGGUUUAUAUCUCUCGGAUCAUUCUUUAUAUUGAUCAUCUCCUACAUUUUCACCCUGAUCACUGUUCGGAAACACUCCUCAAGUGUCAUCCUCUCCACUUUAUCAACUCAUGUCAUGGUGGUGAUUUUGUUCUUUGGUCCUUGCAUCUUUGUUUAUACCUGGCCUAACCCCACAUCACACCUAGACAAAUUCCUUGCUAUUUUUGAUGCAGUUCUCACUCCCUUUCUGAAUCCAGUCAUCUACACUUUCAGGAACAAAGAGAUGAAAAUGGCAAUGAGGAGAGUGUGCAGUCAACUUCUUGUUUAUAGAAGAAUUUCUUAA